AUGAGAAUAAGCCACUUCUUUCUCCACCUGGGCCGACCCAACUGGCCUCCCAAGCCGGCCCACCUAGCCCCUCCUAACCCUAGCUCUAACCGGUCCAUCCUCAGCACUCAAAAAAAAACCGGCCCAUCCUCUCGUUCCCUGCCCGCCGCCAAGCCCCGCACGCAGCGCCCCACCUCCUGCGCUCGAUCCCCUGGUCUCUCCCUCCUCUCGAUCGCAUCUCUCCCUUCGUUCUCCCGACCGCAUCGCCAGGGAGCGCCCCCUUCGCUCGACCGCUCCUCCCUCCUCCGUGACGCCCCUGCCGGCCCCGCGCCCGACCUCCUCCUCGCCGCCUCUGGAGCCUCUCUUCCUCCCAGCGCCAGGCCCCCAUCUCCUCCCCGCGCGCCCAACCGCCUCGUCUCGUCCCUGAGCGUGGCCAACUCCGGCGACCCGGUCACCUCUGCGCGCGACCACCGCACGCCUCUCAUGGCGCCCGCAUCAGCCGGCCUCCUUCCUCUCCUCCUCCAUGGCGCCUCCCCUUCUCGAGCGCCCCCGCGACCACCAUGCCUGAGCCGUCCCGCGUCCUCCACCACCACCACCUUGCUCCGUUGCCCGCCUCCCCUGCGACCUCGUGUCAUCCCGCUGCCCGUCCUCGCCGGCACGCCCGACCUCUGCUCCCGGGCUCCCGUCCCUGCCUUCCCGGCAUCCUCUGCAUCCCCUGGCUGCAUCGAGCAGCAGCAUGCCAAGUCCAUCAGCCAACCGCGCGGCUCGCCCCCUGCCUCGGCCCUCUUCGACCCUGCUCAUGCCCCGAGCCUCCCGUUGCCAAGGAGCACUAGCUCCUUUGCCUUGCUGCCACGCCAACCGGAGUAGCAGCCCAGCCGGUCAUCCCCUUUGGACCGCCAAGUUCCGCUCCGAACCUGUACGACUACACAUGCUGAUGCGACCGGAACGCCUACUACAUGGAUACGCCAAGUUCUGCUUCGAACAUGUACGGCUACACGACGACCCGCCGAGAUCCCGUGAACGUCUACUUCCACUACCGCCGCCGCCGUGUACGACUACUUCCUCUACCGACGCCGUGUACAACUACUUCCAUGAUGUCCCGUGAACUCCUACUUCCUCUACACCGCUCCGAACUCGUUCCGCCCCGAAC